AUGGCUGUUAAUGGCACUGGAUGGUGCAUCGCCAAAAAUAAUCUCCGUGAUCAAGGCAUACUGCCGCUACACCACUGCUCGGGUUCUAGUCCACAAAAACCUCUCAGAACUCUUCGCUCUGGCGUUCGAGAAGGCUGUGUCCUGUCACCCAUCCUCUUUAAUUACGUCACUGGCUGGGUUCUCGGGAAGACCCUACAGGAACAUGAUAGUGUUGGGCUUGCAUCCGGACGCUGGUUGACUGACCUCGACUACGCCGAUGAUAUCGCUCUACUAGCUUCAAGCUUUGGCGACCUACAGUAUACGGUGGUAUGCGUGAAAGAGGUCCAACGAUGCGUGAUGACGUCCAACGAGACAGAAAAGGCCUUUAUGAGUGUGCUCUCCGUUUGUCGGUAA